AUGUAUAUCUACACAUACACAAACACAAACAUAAACACACACAAAAAACAAGACCAGCCAUCCCCCUCCCUCCCUGAACCCGAGAUCCUAACCCUUGCCCAGCCUACCUACACUGCAUCCACGUCACGUCGUCACCCCCCAUCUGCAGCCUCAUCAGAGCAGGUAUAA